ACGAGUUUCGUGCGCUCAUUUCACAUCAAGAGCUAGCCACUAGCCAGCAGUGCAACAUACACAACAUACAUGCCUUCUCUUCCUUGUGUAACUUUGAAUAUGACUUGAAAUUCGAAGGAACCCCAUCAAGAUCCUCAUUCGAAAUGACAUUGGGCGCUCUAGGCGUGGCCGCUACCCGACGCCGAGUCCAAUUUCUGCAAAAAGUGCUAGAAUACCCGCGAUGGGUGGGAGCCCCAGCCGCCCUUCGGAAUUACUCGCCAACCGGCUCCGGACCAUCCGCCCACACCGUGUCCAUCGGGGAUGUGACUAAGACCGUUCAAAGAGCCAAUCAUCCUCAACUCGUCCCCAAACGAUAUCUACCCGUGGACCAAGAAGUCCCUCCUGAAACUCGCAAGCAUUUGCGAUGGAUGAUGCAAAAGGAUCUGUUGGGACAAGACAUCUUCUUGAUCGGUCGUCCGUCCCCAUUGAGGCGGUCCAUGGCCAUGCAAUAUUUGGAGUUGACGGGUCGCGAGGCCGAAUUUGUGGCUCUGUCUCGCGAUACCACUGAGAGUGAUCUCAAGCAAAGACGAGAAAUCGUGCAAGGCACGGCUCAUUACGUGGAUCAGAGUGCGGUUCGGGCCGCCAAGGCAGGUCGCAUUUUGAUCUUGGAGGGCAUUGAGAAAGCUGAGCGAAAUGUCUUGCCCGUGUUGAACAAUUUGCUCGAGAAUCGAGAGAUGCAUUUGGAGGAUGGGCGGUUACUCAUUCCGGCCCAAAGGUAUGAUAAAUUGCGCCAAGAACACUCACAAAAAGAAAUGGACCAAUGGAAAUUGGUGCGGGUGGACGAAAACUUUCGUGUCAUUGCCCUUGGAUUGCCCGUUCCGAAAUACGUUGGGAAUCCGCUGGAUCCGCCUCUUCGAUCCCGAUUUCAAGCUCGUGAUAUCCGACACUUGCCAUUCAAAGAGCAAAUGAACUUACUGCAAAGCAUGUCGCCCAAUUUGCCCUCCGAUGCGGUCAGUCAAGUGGUUUCAUUCGCCCAUACCAUGGUCACCGAUGAAUCGGCCAAUCUGGGUCUGCCGGAUUUCCCCGUUGAGAAUCUACCUCCACUGAUUGCUUUGUUGAACCAAGUGCCUUCCUUAUCGUUGUUUGAUGCCAUUCAAAGACUCUAUCCUUACCGAAGCUUUCUACCCCCUGAGGGGGUCCAAUCCGUCAUAGACACGCUAAAGACGUUUCAACUCCUACCAGAAGAAGUCUCAUCAACUCAAAUCUUGAGAUUAGAAAGUGUACGUAGUGAUAGUACCAAUCCGGGUAAACGGGAUUUGGAAGUGUCCGUGGACGGUCAAGCGUUCCAAUUAACUGUGCCUAGUGGACCUCAUCCGGAGAGUGCUGCCAAGAACUAUCACCCUACGAAUUAUCAAGAGAUGUUCUUGACGGAGCUCAUCACUUCCCAUGCUGUGAAGGACUUUUGCAUCAUCGGUCCCAAAGGUUGUGGUAAAACUGUCAUUCUUGAGAGAAUGGCCAACCUCUUGGGUUACGAAAUGGAGCCAAUCAUGCUUUAUCAAGAUAUGACAGCUCGUGAUCUGCUCCAACAAAGAACGACCAUGGAAAAUGGAGAUACGGUGUGGCGAUAUUCACCUUUAGUGUCGGCCGCCAUCGAAGGGAAAUUAGCGGUAUUAGAUGGCAUUCAUCGCAUUCAUCGGGGAACAUUGUCCGUGCUCCAUCGAUUGGUGCAUGAUCGAGAGCUGCAACUCUAUGAUGGUACCCGUUUGCUGAGAAGCGACCGCUACGAUGCCAUCAAAGAAGACGAGGGGUUCACGGACCAAGACAUGCAUGAGCAGCAAUUACUCAGGAUCCAUGACAACUUUAGGAUUGCAGCCUUAGCCGAACCGCCCGUGAUCGGAGGCAAUAGCAAAGAGCAAUGGCUCACACCCGAAGUUUUGUCCAUGUUUCUGUUCCACGUCAUGAGACCUCUAUCGCAUCAAGAAGAGUUGGGUGUCCUCCAAGCGGUGUCCGGCAAUCCAUCCGAGACGAUGGGGACAAUCUUGAAACUCACUCAUCGGCUUCGAAAGUCCGAAAAUGCCUCCUUGAAGUCGAUAGCCAAUUCCUUGUCUACUCGACAAUUGUUGAGAAUUUCGAAACGCUUGCAACGAUUCCCAGAUGAGACUGUGUAUCAUGCCGUUCAAAAGGCCUGUCUGGCCCGGUUUCUACCCACGCUACCGCGAGAAGCUCUGGACAAAAUCAUGGCUGAUCUAGGGAUUGACAAACCAAUAAAGGAGAGCGACGAGUCCGGAAAAACAGCCGUGUGUAAAGUGGACAAUGGGGUGCUCACGUUGGGAAACACGAGCGCAGGGAUUUACCAACCCGACACCAAGACUAAAAUCCCCGAGACGCUUUUCUAUGACACCGUUCAAAACGUGGCCGUGAUGGAAGCCAUGCUGCAAGAUUUUCUCCUGGGAGAACAUCUCCUUCUUGUGGGCAAUCAGGGCGUUGGGAAGAACAAAGUGGUUGACCGAUUAUUGCACCUCUUGAAUCGACCCAGGGAAUACAUUCAACUCCAUCGAGAUACCACUGUGCAAAGCCUGACCCUUCAGCCCACUGUGAAAGAAGGGGUAAUCAUCUACGAGGACUCCCCUCUAGUCAAGGCAGUCAAAACCGGGAACAUCCUGGUGGUAGAUGAGGCGGACAAAGCGCCCACCCACGUGACUUGUAUUUUGAAGACUCUCGUUGAAACCGGAGAGAUGAUUCUCUCGGAUGGGCGACGAAUCGUGCCCGAAUCGCAGAUGAGUCGACAUGCAUCCGUUGCGGACGAGCUCAUUCCCAUGCAUCCGGAUUUCCGCAUGUUUAUUCUGGCCAAUCGACCUGGAUUUCCGUUUCUGGGGAACGACUUCUUUGGCUCGCUUGGCGACUUGUUCAGCUGUCACGCCAUUGACAAUCCCAGUAUGGACUCUGAGAUCUCUAUGUUAAGGCAAUAUGGACCCAAUGUCCCGGAGGAGACUCUGCGUCGACUUGUCCACACCUUCUCGGAAUUGAGAAACCUGGCGGACGAGGGCUCAAUUCAGUAUCCGUAUUCGACCCGCGAAGUAGUCAACAUUGUGAAGCAUCUGGAACGAUUCCCCACUGAAGGGUUGGGGAAUGUGGUUAGAAAUGUAUUCGAUUUCGACUCCUACGAUAAAGAGACGCGUGAAUCUCUGCAAGAAGUGCUUCACAAGCAUGGGAUUCCAUUGGGAACUUCCGCAAGGAAUAUCAGUUUGGCUCGAGAAUUUGAUCUGCCUGCCCGAGAACUAAUCGGCGAAUGGCAAAUUCAACGAGGCGGGGGGAAACGAGUCCGCUUUAUGGCGUUACCCAUUACCUCCAAAGGUGUCGAUAUUGGUGAUCCGGAAACUGUGAGCGUGCAAAAUACACCUUUGGACCGGGUUGAAGCUCGGGGUGUGGGAUUCUCGGAAUUGCACAGUUCUUGGAUGCUUCCAUUUCACGAAUACGCUAGUGUGGGCGAUGUAGUAGUGAAGCGGGAUCAACAUCGACGAUCCUUGUUUGAUCAGAUCUUUGUGGCCACCUCCAACCCGAUUUGGUUGUUUGGCAUGACUCCAUUGGGUCAUGAAGUGCAAAAACUCCCUUUGAAUCAUUUCUUCGAGACUCGACGGUUUCAGAAUACCAUCCCGAAGAUCAAAAUGGCCGCUUUGGGAGGCAACUUUGAGGGUGCUUUGGCUGUCCACGACGAGGUCACCAACGGGUUGAUUCUGGUUGAUACCAAAUCAGCGUCAGUCCUGCGAGUGAAUACGAACACUUUCUUGGAUUCGGUGAGGGAAGUCACCCGGAAGAUAACUCAGCGGUCCGGGAAAUCCAACUCGAACUUUGUCAGAAUGCUCACUAAUCUGAGUCAGGAUAACAUUCUCGUGUUCUACAAUCCGUUGGGGAGUAGCGUGGAAAUGCUGGACUUCAAUUCAAAUCCGUUGGUGUCCCACAAGGUCGAUCUUCCAGUGCCCAUCAAGUCGUUGCACAUCUUAAACAAAGAUAAAUUCCUAGUGGUGGCCGACUUAGAAUCGACUAGAACUGAACAAUCAUCCGCAGAUGAUUCUCUGCCUCAACCAGAGGGAGGAAGACUUUAUCUACUCAAACGAGAGGAUCCAGAGUCGGAAAUGCCCAAUAUCUUGAAUCCUGUCUCGCAAACCACCGAUAUCACUUCCAUCGCAAAAGUUGGAGAACAAGGUUUGACGGAUCUGGGCUUGAAGAUGGUUCUAGGUGAGGCUAUGCAGGCACCGAAUACGAUGUUCAACUCUGAAAGUGCAUAUGCCACCUUGGUAUUGGGCUUCCCGGAACUGGAAUUCAGUGCUAAUGAGGUUCACGCAUGGCCCAAGAGCUCAAAAGCCCUGAAUGCAGCAGAACAUAAUAAGAGCACGGGGAGCAACCUUCAAAGCAAUUCGGCUCGAAAACUAAUCGAUGAAGGCCGAAAUGUGGUUCUGCUGAGAGAGAGUUGCCAAUUGGUGAAACCAGUGUCCCCUCGAUCAAUCCCCGAAGAGUUCAGUCGCCACAAUUACGGCUUGAGCUCACCCGGUAAUGUGUCGGCGUAUCUCGAGGUGGUCGAUCUGAUGAGCAAUAAACUCCGAUAUGUGCCUGUUCCCGAGGAUUUCCAAUCCUCCUCAUAUUCAUCCUGGUACAAACAGACCUAUCCGGAUCAAGUGAUGGCCAUGGCCGAAAUGUCCAACGAGGGUCUUGUGACCGUGGACAAUGCGGGCAGUGUUCGUCUAUGGGAAACGGGUGUGGCCAAUUUGGAGCGAUCCUUGGGCGAAUGGCGACAGAUGUUGGGUUCGCUCUCUGAGGAUCAACUCACAAUUCAACGAGGUCAAGUGGGUGAUCUCGACUCGCCCAAACACGGUAAAAUGGACCCAAAUAACGACCCACAUGUGGGCGGAAACACUUGGGCAGGGGGCACCGGAGGGCGGGACACGGCAGGAUUGGGUGGUAUUGGCGGUCCAUAUCGGUUGGAUGCCGGUCACAAUGUGCACCAAGUCUCAGACGAAGCUAAGAGUCAAGUCCCGGAGCAUAUUCAAAAAGCGGCUCGAGAAAUGAAUCGGAAGGCUUUCGAUGAGAGAUUACGCGAGAUUCGUAUGAGUCAAUACGACGCAGAGUUGUACGAGAAAUAUGCCGUGUCCGUUCGUAAGCAAGUCCAAGCCUUGAGAACGAUUAUCAAUGGCCUUCAAGCUAAGGCCAAGGACCGACAAUGGCUCAAGAACCAGACCUCAGGAGAACUGGACGACACCAAACUUAUCGAGGGGAUCGCUGGCGAAAGGUCCAUUUACAAGAAGCGUGGAGAACAAGAACCUGAACCUGGAGCGCCCCAAGAGAAACCGAAACGUCUCCGAUUACUUGUGGAUGUCUCUGGAUCCAUGUACCGUUUCAAUGGUCACGAUCAGCGUUUGGAACGAAUGAUGGAAUCUGCUCUCAUGGUUAUGGAAGCUCUCGAAGGCUUCACGGACAAGUUCAAGUACGACAUAGUUGGUCAUUCCGGAGAAGAGCGGGCCAUUCCAUUGGUACAAUCUUCGAACCUACCCAAGAAUGAGAAAGAUCGACUCGAGGUGAUGCGAACCAUGUUGGCUCACUCUCAGUUCUGUAUGUCGGGAGAUCACACUUUGGCGGCCACGGUCACGGCUAUCAACGAGUUGGGAAAGCAAGUGGAGGAUCACGACGAGACUUUCGUCAUCGUAUUGUCGGAUGCGAAUUUCGAUCGUUACGGGAUCUCGCCCAAGUCAUUUUCGCAAAUCUUGAAUAGAAACGAACAGGUGAACACGUUUGCCAUAUUUAUCGGAUCUCUGGGAGAUCAGGCGGAGCGGUUAGCCAAGAAUUUGCCCUCAGGUAAAGCCUUCGUGUGCCUGGACACGAAAAAGAUUCCCGAAAUUUUGAAAACCAUUUUCACGUCAACGUUUUUAAAAUGAGUGGAAAUAUAUCUAUUCAAGCAGGCGAAA